AUGGCUGCGACACGCCCCUCCCGCCCUUCCCGUUCCGAACACACCGCCGUCACCAACGAUGGGAGCGACACCGAUCCUGAUGAAGAUACCUCCGUGGCGGACCGCCGGACCGCCUCUAAGAAACGCAUCAGUGAUGUUUUCACGCUCGACCGCGACGAGAGUUUCUCUUCUGAUACUGGGCGUGUGCCGCUGCGAUCUGUGAACAUCAAUGACGAUAUGGCGGAGAAGCGCAGGCGUAGGAAGAGUGCCAAGGUCACCGCGAUGGGACCGGAGGAUUCUCAAGCAGGGCCCUCUGAAGUAAACAACGAAGAACAAGGUGGCGCAGGGCCAUCAGGAACGGCGGCUGCACGCCAAAAGCAGCAGCUACUUGCUGUGGCCCAGGCGCCCUUGAUCAAUGUGCCUAUAGAUGUCAUGAACUCGAACUUUGAGGAGUGGAUGAAGAUGGCUACGGAUAAUAAAAUCAAUGCAGCAAAUUCCUGGAACUUUGCGCUUAUCGAUUACUUCCACGACAUGUCCCUUCUCCGCAACAACACAGACAACUCCAUCAACUUCCAACGGGCGUCGUGUACCCUCGACGGAUGCGUUAAGAUCUGGACGAGUCGUGUGGACAGCGUCGGGACUGAGACAGGCAAAUUACUCAGUAACCUGGCUAACGAAGGCAGAGGCGGAGAUGACGAGGAAGGUGCGAACGUGGACGACCCGGAUAAUCAGGAUUCCUCUCAGGGCCCACGUAAACGCAAGACGCAUAGAGCCGAGUCAACUCUCGCGAAGUCAGUCGCACAAUUACGGAGCAAGAAGCUGGACCUUGAGUUCACCGUGGACCCCCUCUUCCGGAAGACUUGCGCGGACUUUGAUGAGGGUGGCGCACAAGGCCUCCUGAUGAACCAUCUCAGCCUUGGCGUGGGUUCCGAAGGAAGCUUGCGUGUUGUAUUCGACGCCAGUGAUGCGAUGGGUGGAGGAGAGGAGGAAGAAGAGGCUGCGUCGGAGGAGCCGGAGGAUCAGGUUGACAUAAGCUACCUUCGCAAGCAAUUUCUUCCUGACUUGAAUGUCCUAGAAGAGAAGGCCAUAUCUCACUCCAUAGAGGGCUUCUCAUUUUCAAAGGACAGUUUCUCUCUCGACGAGACGACAUUCUUCCGUGAAGACCCUACUGGACUUGACGACGACGACGACGAUGCUGGCGAUUUCGGCGAUGGGCAUGUCCAGGAUGUCGCGCCAUUGGAUGGCAAUGGGGGCCAAGACGACCAACCUGUUGAAGACUUCUUCGUCGGUGAUCAGGCAGUAGGGGAUGAUUACGUCCCGGAUGUGUUUGGACCUGGAGAUACCCUCGACGAAGAGAACCAAGGGGAAGAGCAAGAUGGUCUUGCGAACGCUGGCCGUCCGGGCGCAUUCGUGCCAUUUGAUCCACGGCGGGUGCCGAACGAGCGCGACCUGGUCAUGGCUAUGACAGAAGGCGACGGGGAGGGAGGCGGCUUAUUGAUGGACUAUUUCGAACAGGGCUUCCUCAAGAAUUGGGCCGGUCCCGAGCACUGGAAGUUACGGAAAGUGGUCCGCAGGCCGGAAGCGACCACGGCUGCUCCGAAGCAGAAGCGCGAGAAGAAGGAGGCAUUCAAGAUUGACUUCUUGACUUCGUCUGAGAAGAAUGUGAAGACGAUCGCCAAGGAGCUCUUCGUGCCGGUCACCCGCGGUGCGGGGAUAACGCUCCCUGUUCCUUCGUCCAGUAAGACUUCUUCUCGCAAAGGCCGAGGCAGGAAAUCGAGGGACAAGGAUAAGGAUAAGCGUAACGACCAAAUGUUGCCCGACGACAUGCAUUUCUCUAGUCGGCAGUUGGUGACACUCUUUUUGAAGCCAAAGUUCGCUCUGAGAAUGCGAGGCCAUCGAGUUACAUCAGGCAACCGUGGUGACGCUGAGAUAGACGAGAACUUCUGGGCUCAAGCUGCAGCCGAUCAAGCCGCAGGACGCGCAGAUGCUGAUGGCGAUGAGACCGUGGACGGUGGUGCCAUUCCGUUCAACACGCAGUUCUUCCAUGACGAUUAUGACGACGGCCCAGGAUUUGACGACGCGGACGAUGUCGCUGAUGGUGAGAACGGCGCAGCUGUCGAGCCUGGAGAGCAGGACCUGCUUGCCGCGACACAGGACCAGACAAGACGCGUACGACCAGAGUUUGUUAACCAUGCUAAACGUGCGAAGAGAGUCGACGUGCGGAAGCUGAAGGACAAUAUCUGGAAGGGCCUCGACAUUAUCGUCCCCGAGCCCAAGGAGCAAGAUGUAGAGGACGAUGCAAUGGAUACGGACGAUCAAACCCCCACUGACCCUCAGGAAGCACGGCAAUUCACUGCUGUCAUCUCGGGCCUGCAGAAGACAUAUCCAAGGGAGAAGAUGGAAGAGAUCAGCACGAGUUUCUGUUUCAUUUGUCUUCUGCAUCUAGCAAAUGAAAGGGGCUUGAAGCUGGAGACUGACAAGGAGGAUGAGGAGAUUGUCGAGGAAGACGAACGCAAAGUGGGAAGAAUAUGGGAUCUGAAGGUGUAUCGCGACCCGGAUGCGACGCUCACAGCAUAG